AUGCUGAAGGUGAAAGAUCUUAUCCAAUCACUAGCUCCGGAAGAAAAGUUUAUUUCAUUUGAGUUCUUCCCACCAAAGACUGAUUCCGGUUUUAGGAAUCUACUUGCAAGAUUAAACCGUUUACUGGCAUUCAAUCCAUUAUUUAUCACUGUGACUUGGGGGGCCGGUGGUUCAACCAGCGAAAAAUCAUUGGACUUGGCAGCUACAUGUCAAAAGAAGAUAGGAGCAACUACUGUCUUACAUUUGACCUGUACAAAUACUAAUAAAGAAGUGAUAGAUGCUGCAUUGAAGCGUGCGAAAGAAAAUGGAAUAAGAAACAUAUUAGCACUAAGAGGAGACCCGCCUAGGACGGAAGAGUAUUGGACACCCAAUUGUCAAUUCAAAAAUGCCGUUGAUUUGGUAAAGUAUAUUCGUCUGGAAUAUGGUGAUUACUUUUGCAUUGGAGUGGCUGCGUACCCUGAAGGUCAUGUUGACGGUGCUGAUAUAUCCAAUCAAAACCCACGUAAAGACAUUCCUUACUUGGUUGAGAAAGUCAAGGCCGGUGCAGAUUUCAUAAUCACUCAAUUGUUUUUUGAUGUAGACAAAUUUAUCGCUUUUGAAAGAUUAAUCAAGCAAUCACCAGAAUUGAAAGAUGUACCCUUGAUUCCAGGUCUCAUGCCCAUUACCACCCAUCGUGUAUUCACCAGAGCCACCAAACUUUCUCAUGCCACCAUACCAACGAAGGUUUAUAGACAAUUUGAUGAGAUAAAGAACGAUGACGAUGCUGUCAAGGCGGUAGGUGUUGAUCUUUUGUGUGAUAUUAUAAGCAAGAUAGAUGAAAGAACAGAUAUAAAAGGAUACCAUUUUUAUACUUUAAAUUUGGAAAAAGCUGUUGCCUCCAUCUUGAAUAAGUCGGAUGUCUUACGUCCCAUCUUAGAACAACCAUCUCCCGUAUUUGGUAACGAGGAUGCAAUUGCUUCUGACUCUGAUGACGAGGAAGACUUACCACUGCCACAUCAAAAGCGAAAGCACAGAAAAUCGUCUGUAGUUGAGCCAUUGACUCAGAAGGCCGUUGUUGAAAUAAGUAGAGGAUUGGGGGCACUAGGCAAAGAAGCUAUCUGGGAUGAUUUCCCCAACGGUAGAUUCGGUGAUUCGAACUCGCCCGCAUACGGUGAGAUCGAUGGAUAUGGACCUAAUUUGAAAAUUUAUGACAAGAGUGAAGCCAUAGCUAAAUGGGGAUCACCCGAACUGAUAAAGGACUUGAGUCGUAUUUUCACAUCCUAUCUUUCUGGGAAAGUCGACGUCAUUCCAUGGGCCGAUGUGCCCUUAUCACCAGAAACCGCGCUCAUCCAAGAAGAGCUAUUUGAGUUGAAUGAAAAGGGGUGGUUUUCGGUAGCUUCGCAACCGGCAGUAAAUGGAUGCAAAUCAACUGAUAACAUUUUUGGGUGGGGUCCAGCUAAUGGAAUUGUAUACCAAAAAUCUUUUGUCGAAUUGUUUAUGCCAGCCAGAGACUGGGAGAAUCUUAGAUCUCAUCUUGAUGACUCAACCACCUAUUAUGUUGGAACCAAAUCAGGGGAAAUAAAACUGAACUUGCCAAUCGAACAGGAUUUUGGUAAGUCAAAAAGUGCAGUGACGUGGGGAGUUUUUCCACAAAAGGAAAUUCUACAACCGACAGUAAUUGAUUAUGAAUCUUUUAAAGCAUGGAACGAAGAGGCAUUUCUAUUAUGGCUUGAGUGGGCCAGAUGCUACAAAAAAAGUCUGAAAAGCUUUGCGUUGUUGAACUCAAUCUAUAAUGACUACGUAUUGGUCAGUUUAGUCCACCAUGAAUAUCCAAAGGAAGACGCGUUGUGGCAGCUAUUAUUACAAUAG